AAUAAAAAAUGUGGACCUUAAAAUGAGAUUAAUUCUGUCAAACUGCGGCUUCCAAAACUUUAGAUACUCGUUGUUAUAUUUCAACUGUGGUGCAAACACAACAUAUGUUUUUAGUACUCUGACAUCAUGAUAUUCAUGUCCAGCAUCACUGAGUUGACACCAGGUAACGUCGCACCUGCAUCCUAUGACAUCACACCGUGACAUCAUCGACUUGUCGACGCUUCACUGGACCCCCCACUGCUGCUUUCAGAUGGAGGACCACGUUGCCACCGAGGAGCUGUGAAGUUGUGGACGUUGGGAGUUGUGCAACCUUUCUACUCGACCUGCUUGACCAACCCUCUCUAAAAUAAUUGCUGUUGUCUGCCGGUGAAUAUAAUAAGAAAAUAAAAAUGGAGACUCUUUCCCAAGACUCCAUCCUGGAGUGCCAGAUCUGCUUUAACUACUACAGCCCGCGCCGGCGGCCCAAACUCCUGGAUUGCCGUCACACGUGCUGCUCGGUGUGCUUGACCCAGAUGCGCAGCAGCCAGAAGGAGAUCCGUUGCCCCUGGUGCCGCAGCGUCACCAGGCUCCCGCCGGGCCUGUCCGUCUCCCAGCUCCCGGACGACCCGGACAUCAUCACCGUCAUCGCCAUCCCUCACGCUUCCGAGCACACGCCGGUCUUCAUCCGCCUCCCCAGCAACGGCUGCUACAUGCUGCCGCUGCCCAUGGCCAAGGAGCGGGCGCUGGGCCUCUCCGGGGAGCUGGGAUGUCGGUUCCUGCCCGGCGGCCAGCAGAAGGGGAUGACGGUGCUGACCAUGCCCGAGCAGCAGCAACUGGGCCUGGCGAUGGGUCUGGAGGGGAUGGGGAUGGGGCUGGAGCUGGGCGAGGGCGAGAGGAGAGUGACGGGCCCGGUGGGGGGAGGAGGAGGAGGAGGGGGGAAGGGCUCCACGUGGUCCGGCGUGUGCACGGUGAUCCUGGUGGCGUGCGUGCUGCUCUUCCUCCUGGGCAUCGUGCUGCACAACAUGUCCUGCAUCUCCAAGCGCUUCACUGUCAUCUCCUGCGGCUGAGGGCGGG